AUGAUGGAGGUAAAGCUGUGGACCAUCUGCUGCUUGAUGCUAUCGGGAGUCCCGGUCUCCUGGACGGAGGAGGAGAUGGACCUAAAAAAACUGGCAAGUUCACAGAUUGCGAACAUCGACAUGAUUGAUGACGUAAGCGUCAUUAUCAACUAUCACCAGCUGCGAGAGAAGAGAGUCUAUUUCACCAGGGACUGCGAUGAGCUCUACCUCUUGGGGCACAGGAAGAGCGGCGUCUACGUGAUCCAGCCUACAGGCUCCCCUUAUCUGGUGGUCCAGUGCUACAUGUAUGACUGCGGGGGCUGGACCGUCAUCCAGAGGAACAGCUUUGACACGUACAUCAGCUGGCAUGAGACGUGGACCGCUUAUGAAUACGGCUUCGGGAACAUCGUGUUGGAUCAUUAUCUCGGCAAUCACUAUAUCAAACUGUUAACUGCGCAAAAGUGGUACAAAGUCCGGUUCCUCCUGGUGGAUUCUGAGAACCGGACCAGACGUGCCGACUACGACAGCUUCUACCUGACCAAUGCCACGGACAAGUACCAGCUGAAAUUAGGGACCUACGAGGGAGACGCCGGCGACUCCCUGUCAUCCGGGAACCACAAGAACCUGCAUGACAAUAUGAGGUUCUCGACUUAUGACGACGACAACGAUCGGCUGCACAACGUAAACUGCGCCAAUAAACACGGCGGCGGCUGGUGGUUCGAUUCUUGCUACGACGCUCACCUCAACAAUAAGGGGCUUCUGCACUGGAAGACGCUGUGUGACCAUAACUGCAGGCGCUCGGUCAUCCUGAUAAAACCCGUUCAUAUGUAUUGUAACCGGGUGUAGUGAGGGCGCAGGCCCGGCUCAGCUACAUACAACACGCCAAUCAAUUAUCUACAUCAUUUGUAAUUCUGAUUAAAAUUCUCAUCAUAGAAACCUCCGAGAAUCUCUCAUGUCCUCAAUGGUGCAGGCGUCCUAAUGAUUCAUACGGUGUCUAAUAAAUAGCAGCAUGUGAACAGGGUCCAGAAGUCUUACAGUCUGUGAGCAUCUCCGCAUGUUGGGUUCAGACGUCACUGGGGACGUUUGAUACAAGGGGUUUCCACAUUCAACAAUUCUGACGGUGGGGGGGGUCAUCAUAUUACUACAAUUCUGACGGUGGGGGGGUCAUCAUAUUACUACAAUUCUGACGGUGGGGGGGUCAUCAUAUUACUACAAUUCUGAUUGUGUGUGUGUGUGUGUGUGUCUCAUCAUAUUACUACAAUUCUGACAGUGUAGAUUAAAUUUUGUAGGGAAAC